CUGAGACAGCACGCUCUCACCCUGUGUCAGCUCCUGGAGAGCCAGUCGCAGGACGUCUUGUGGCACUGCACUGUCUAGCUCAUUCCAGUAUCACGUCAACUGAUGGGCUUACGCUAAGGAGCAUGUGUGUCAUAGCCUUGACUGCAGCGGCUGCUGCUGGAACUUGUUGUCUGAGGUGGACCGAGGCAACUGGUGCAGAGACUCGUGGACCUCCCUGGAGAACCUGAGGUUCCGACUGCAGGGCAUGUCCAGCUGUCUGCUCUGGGGGCCCAGUGCCACUGUGCUGGUUGAGUUGACGAAGGUACAGCAGCGUGCUGGAAUGCCAGCCGGUGUUCGAUUCCCUGCCAUGGGUGUCCAUCCUGCAGGGCCUGAAGCAGACAGAGAGCAGAUGAGGCACCGCUGAUUGGCACCGAUUCACCCCAGCUCUGACCGCGGUGCUGUGUUUGCAGGUUUAAAUGCCCAUUCCACUGAUUUCACUGGUCCCUCAUCUUUCUCCCCCUGUUAUUUAGCUGUGUCCCCCCCCCACCCCCCAGUACUGGAUGAGACAAGCUUACAGGGCCGUGUCGGAUCAGCAGCUCCCCGUCCAUGCCGCCGAUUCUACACCCCGGCUGGGUUGCGUGUUCCACGGCAGUGCUAUCACCCCAGGCCUGGCUGGGCACACUCUCCCUCUUCAUCCUCAACCUGAAAGUGGUGGAGUUCUUGUACAUAACGGCUCCACCUUGCUGCCUGGAGGAGGUCCUGCAGGCAUAUGCUAAGCUGGGUGAGGGAAGGGACCAUGCUCAGAUCACCGCUCUGAUUACAGCAUAUAAUUCUGCUGCUUGGGCUGAGCAUGUGGAUGGGAGAGCCCAGCCACCCUGCGGAGGAAACUCAUCUCGGCCACCUGUACUCGCGAUCUCGGUCUUUCGGUCACUACCCACAGCUCAUGACCAUAGAAUGCUGCUCUCUCGACAUCGCUGUCCGCUUACAGGGUUGAACCUCAUAUUGCUAUUUUGGGCUGCAGCCCUGAUGUGUGACCAUGCCCCCGUCCUCCCGGCACCCCUGCUUACCCAGGAACACUCCCAGGGUCAGGGCAAUGUGGACUUACUCUGUCGGGCCCCCCCUGGAUAUGGGGGGGUUAUGUUCCAGCUCUACCAGGACAAGGUCUUGGUGGACACUGUGUCCUUCAGUCAAAAGACACCAGAGGCACUUUUCAGCCUGGAGAUCCACCUCGCGAUGGACAAACACUUCUGUUGCCUUUACCAGGACCAAGACAAAGUCUACAGCCAGUUUAGCCAGUACAUGAAACCAGCAGAGUUGUUGCCGGCACCAAGUCUGUCCUUGACCAGUCAGGACCCCAUAGACGAGACGGAAAUUAGUCUGGAGUGCGUGGGGUCGCCGUCUUACCCCGGAGCCCUGUUCUCGCUCUUCCAUCUGGGAUCCUCGCACCCUGUGAUCUCCCAGAAGGCCUCCACGACCCGCCACAGUGCCCGCUUUUCCCCCCCCAGUGGGCAGAACCAGUACCAGUGUCAGUACAGCGUGCAUCUGGGCCCCGACGUCAAAAAGUCUGAACGCAGUGCUCCCAUAACUCUGUAUGGCAUUACAGAAACAAAUUUAAAUACUGCAGCUGUCCCGCCUCCUGCUGCCUCAGAUGACGGAGGCAAGGUAGACUGGCCAUUGAUUGCAGGCUCUCUGUCUGCAUCCAUACUGUUCACUGCAGCACUGGGAUGCCUGGGGUUUGCAGUGUAUAAGAAAGUGAAAGCUUUGGCGGAGGAGAGACGGAAAAGGGAGGAGGCCCUCUUCUGGAAUCACAUGCACGCCACGGACCACGUUGUUGACCUUACCCUCAGACGCAUCAGCGUUGGCUCACAGGACUGGACCCCAGGUGCGGAUGACAGAGUGGGAGGAACCGCCAGGAGUCCCAGUACGCCACUCUCCGGAUCUCAGUACCCCUUCUCAACAUUUAGGAACCUGUCCUUACUCUGAACACAGUAGUAUCAUCCAUGACGCUAACAUGCUUAUGCCUAUACAUGUUCACACAUACAUACAUAUACCCAUCCAUCCAUCCAUCCAUCCACCCAUCCAUCCACCCAUCCACCCAUCCAUCCAUCCAUUUUCCAACCCGCUUAUCCUACUGAGUCGCGGGGGGUCUGGAGCCUAUCCCGGAAGCAAUGGGCACGAGGCAGGGAACAACCCAGGAUGGGUGGCCAGCCCAUCGCAGGGCACACUCACAUGCCAUUCACUCACACAUGCACACCUAUGGGCAAUUUAGUGACUCCAAUUAGCCUCAGCAUGUUUUUGGACUGUGGGGGGAAACCGGAGUACCCGGAGGAAACCCCACGAUGACAUGGGGAGAACACACAAAUUCCACACACAUGUGACCCAGGCGGAGACCCAAACAUACAGAUAUACACAUAGUGUGUGUGUGUGUGUGUGUGUGUGUGUGUGUGUGUGUGUGUAUAUAUAUAUAUAUAUAUAUAUAUAUAUAUAUAUAUAUAUAUAUAUAGAGAGAGAGAGAGAGAGAGAGAGAGAGAGUUUGCUCUAGUUUUUAAAUUAAUUUCAUUAGUGUAGCCUAUAACUUGUUUACAUUUGUUUAGGAUUUAGUAUUUGUUUAGUAUUUUAAGAUGAUUGGUCAUCAUCACCUACAUCAUGUUUAGGCUGUGACAGAAAACACACAUAAUGCAUAUUGCAACUGAUUUUUAUUUUUGUCAAACAUCUGAGUACUUUGUUAUAUUGCGCAAAAACCUAUUUCAACAUUUAUGAUGUAAGUGAAGACGAUUCCUGAACAGUGCUUUCGAAAUCUUUUUACGCAAGCAUAUUCUGUGUACAUAGAUUCCCAAAUGGUGCCUAUUAAUGUUAAUCUGUUAGGAUGUAAUUUUAAUUCUGUUUUAAUAUAAUAUAUAAUUAACCUUGUUAAUGUAUCCUUAAUAAUGUGUUGAUUUUUUAAUGAAUAUGAAGUUUUUUUUUAA